GCUGGGGUACUAGGUGGGCGAGUCAAGUUUUGGGCAUCUAAAACCUGGGUGAAGCAUCUGCUUUACUCUUCGGGAUCUGAGAGCGUGAAGAUGCGGAAGGUGGUUUUGGUCACCGGCGCGACCAGUGGCAUUGGCCUAGGCCUUUGCAAGCGGUUGCUGGCCGAAGACAGUGAGCUUCACCUGUGCUUGGCAUGCAGGAACAUGAGCAAAGCAGAAGCUGUCCGGGCUACACUUGUGGCCUCUCAGCGUACUGCAGAGGUCACCAUUGUGCAGCUGGACGUCAGCAACCUGCAGUCAGUGUUCCGGGCUGCCAAGGAACUUAAGCAAAGGUUUCAAAGAUUAGAUUAUAUAUUUCUAAAUGCUGGGAUCAUGCCUAAUCCAAAGCUAAACAUCAAAGCACUUUUCUCUGGCCUCUUUUCAAGAAAUAUGAUUCAUAUGUUCUGUACAGCUGAAGGACUGCUGACACAACACGACAAGGUCACUGCCGAUGGGCUCCAGGAGGUGUUUGAAACCAAUGUCUUCGGUCACUUUAUCCUGAUUCGGGAACUGGAACCUCUUCUCUGUCACAGUGACAGUCCAUCUCGGCUCAUCUGGACAUCAUCUCGCAAUGCAAGGAAAUUUAAUUUCAGCCUUGAGGACAUGCAGCAUAGCAAAGGCCAGGAACCCUACAGCUCUUCCAAAUAUGCCACUGAUCUUCUGAGUGUGGCUUUGAACCAGAACUUCAACGAACGAGGUCUCUAUUCCAGUGUGGCAUGCCCAGGUACAGUAAUGACCAAUAUGACCUAUGGAAUUAUACCUCCCUUUGUGUGGACACUGCUGAUGCCGGUGAUAUGGCUGCUUCGCUUUUUUGCAAAUGCUUUCACAUUGACACCGUACAAUGGAACAGAAGCACUGGUAUGGCUUUUCCACCAAAAACCUGAGUCUCUCAAUCCUUUGAUCAAAUAUCUAAGUGCCACCACAGGCCUGGGAAACAAUUAUGUCAUGAUGCAAAAGCUGGACAUAGAUGAAGACACUGCUGAAAAAUUUUACCAAAACUUAUUGGAACUGGAAAAGCAUAUUAGGGUCACCAUUCAAAAAUCAGAUCAACAGUGUCACUGAUGUUGAUACUGUCAAGACCAUCGAGUAACCUUCUGUGCAUUUGGGGACACGUGACACUGAGUUGACCUGGAUGCUAACAGGUUUUUAGUAAAAUAUAAGCUGUGGUCUCUUUUACUCCCCUUAAAUAUUAUCUCUAAGACUGUUCAUAUAUGCAAGUGUAUGUGUAACUGAGAAAAAGAAGGGUGUGUUAGUUAUUUUUCUCUUAUUGCUGAGACAAAAUACCUGACACCUAAAGUUAGAGGGGGAAAGGUUCAUUUGGCUUAUAGUUCAUAGAGGUUUCAGUCUAUAAUCAGCUGGCUUCAAGGCAGGGUGGCAGAGGGGCAACAUUUCAUGGCAGCAGAAGACAGCAAAAGCAACAAGAGGGGCCUUAACAGCAUCUUUCCUCCUUUUAUCCCAUCUCAUCCUAUGGGGAUUAAGUGCCAACCAGUCACUCUUGUGGUUUAGUAAUCACACACCCUUAAUCUCAGCAUCACACAUUCCAGAUUCAGCCCCCUCUUGAAAAAGAAAGCCCCACCUCAUCUGUAUGAGGCUUUGAGGGGACAUCUAAACACAAGCCAUCACAUUCUGCCCCUGGCCCCCUAAAGAGUCGUGCACAUCCCUUUAUGCAAAAGGCAUUUAGUCCAUCUCUAAAAGUUGUGAAAGCCCUAACAGUUCCAACAUUGCUGAAAAGUUCAAGUCCAAAGUCUCCUCUUAGAUUUAAGGCAAACUCUUAGCUGCAAGCUUCUGUAAAAUGAAAAGAAAGUUGACCACUUCGAACAUUCGAUGGCACAAGAUAAGACCUUUCCAUUCCAAAGGUUACAGGUAGGGGGAUACAAAGGAAUGGGACCAAAGUGAAUCCAAAAUUCAGCAGGGCAAACAUUAAAUCCCAUAGUUCCACUUCCAGCAUCCCAGAGUCUGUGGCAAGUUGUGAACUCUAUAAAGGGCUAGAGUGGCUUUGCCUUUAUGGGACUGCAGAUGAUUGUAACUCCCAUGGCUUCUCUCUUGAGCUGGUUCUGCUCCCUCUUUGCAGCAUUCCUCACAUAAUCCAUGCACCUGUUGUCUCCAAACUUCUGGGGUCUCCACUACAUUUUAGACUUCACACUCACAGCUUCAAACACUGCCCUCUUGGGCACACUCACCUCUUAGGCCUUCUGUGAUCUGGGUGGAACCCUUCCUGACCCCAUAACUCUUGCAUUCUGCAUGCACCUUAAACCAGCACCGUGUGGAUGAUGCCAAGGUCUGCUGCCAGCUGCAGCAGUAGCUAGUCUUCCCUCUCUUGGAUGUAGGGUUGAGUGUGAUCACUGAACACUCUGAAUCCGCUGAGGAACAAAUUUUCUAGGCUGCUGCCAUUCUGAAACAUGGUGCUGUGGGGUUUUCUUUUCAAAGCAGUCUUUCACUUUUGCAAUUUUGAGGCUGCGAAGGGUGGUGUCCUGCUGCUUAUGAUGCCAUUGGGCUAUCUUUUGUAUUCUUUCCCUUCUCAGCAGUCAAGAUCUCUUUGCAGUCCACAGCUUUACUGGAACUUCCUUUCUGGCCAAACUCAAAAUGUUUUAAAUCAUUCUUCUGGGCUUUUUGCUCUUGAUUCUCAUCAUAGAUCUGGCUAAAAGCAUCUAAUAGCACUCUUGCCAUGGCCUUGACGUUAGCCUGGCUUGAAAUUUCUUCUGCCAGAUUAGCCUGCCACCCUUAAUCUCAGGUAAAUUCUCUGGAUGUGAGCAAAAUGCAGACAAACUCUGCCAAGCCAUAAUGCAUCAUCUGGAGCCCAACAGUAAUGCAGUUUUUCUUACCAGCAGAAACCUCCUGAGCCUGGCUUUCUGAGCUUUGACCAGAAUCUCCCAUACAGAACAGCCCAAGGCAUUCCGGCAUUACUUCUUCAGCUGGCAUCUCUGAAUCUUUCCUAACUUCUCCUUCCCACAAGCCAGUUCCAAAGUCUCUUGAGCCACAUGGCCAGUGUCCUAGCGACGACCCCAUUUCACUGGUACCAAUUUUGUUGUAGUCAGGGUUGGCAAGGGAAUAGAUUUAAUACAGGACACAUAAUUUAUUGUAAUAGUUGCCCCAAAAGUCAAAUGCAGAGAAGUCCAAGAAAUCUAACCACACACUAGAAACCCAAAGAAUCCAGCCAAGGGCCUAGAUUCCACAGUAAUGUUCUGCAAAAGUCCAGCUGAAAGCCUAUAGUCCAAGGCAAUGUCUUUCAUGAGAUCACCCAGAGGCCUUGAGCCUACAGCAAUGUCUCAUGCUUUCCCAUGUCUCCUGCUUGUCCAUAUCGAGGAUCUGUACUGGGAAGGCCCCAAGGCCAGUGGUGGAAAUUAGAAAGACUACUCUGGAGGGCUGAAGAAUUUGUGCCCCUAGGCUGAAGAAUCUAUACUGGAGCCAGGAAGUGAUGCUCACAGCAAAGAUCAGAACUCACCUGAUGAACAGCAGCCAUUGCUAGCAACAGGGAGGACCUGAGGUCCUCCAAUAAGGAGAGAACAACUAUGUUCACAUCAGGAAAACUACCCAUGGCAAACUUCUCCAGGAAAACAGCAUACCAUCUUCUCUUCCAGUUCUUUAUGCUGUUGGCAAAAAUCUUUAGGUGGGUCUUCCAUGCCCAGACCAUGCUGAUCAGUUCAGUUGGGUGUUCCAGGUUGACCGUUAGUUAAUCCAUCACAUAGAUAAAAAUACCAUAUAUUCUCCUGAAUGGGUGUCACACUAAAGUGACUAGUCACCCAAGAAAACAUCUGUUUAUAUUGUUCUGCCAGUUGGACCCCAAGGUAGACUGUGUGUGAUAAAGGACAACUUGAAUAUUGUGACAGGCACACUGGAGACCUCCUACUGCCCUAGCCCCAGCAAGAGGAGGGACUAUUUUCUGAAUGACAGUCUUAGCUUUAUUCCUUUCCUUGUGAGCAGUGUUUUCCUUAGUUUUUUUUUGCUUUAUUUUCUUCUCCUUGUGCCACUUCUGUGAUCCUAACCUAAGAUUUUUAGAAUCCAAACAAUCCUAAUAUGGAUGUCCAUGUACUUAAUCUCAGGAACAAAAAUAUGUAUGUGUUUGGAUUACUCAAAUUAUUUAUGUUAUCAAGUGUCUUUUAUGGAUUUAGGGUUAGUUCAAGUGAACAUUGGGCUUGGCCCUUAACUCCAUUUAAAGAUUUGUUCAUUAGUGACCAAUUCAUUUUCAUGAUCAUAUUUUUUAUUAAGUUUAUUAGUACCUCUUAGGUAUACAAUACAGUUACAUUCAUCACUAGCAACUUGUACCUUUACAUGAUAUAUCUUGGUUCUUAUUUUUUUUUUCCAUUAAGUUUGUUGGUAUAUUUUAGGUGUACAACACAGUUACAUUCAUCAUUGGGGUCUUGAACCUUUACAUGAUGUAUCUUGGUUCUUAUUUUUCCCCCAAUCCUCUGCCCUCCCUUCACCCCCUCCACCCUUUCCUAUUUACGAAGACUUUGUUUCCAUUUUUUCCUAAUAGAUACAAACUUGCAGCAAAACAUUAUUCACAUUAUGUUUCACUAAAACUCUCUAAUUGAAGUACUGAUUGGAUAUCAGUACUGUGUAAAGUACACUACAGAAUAAUGGAAGAGAAUGGUUCACUUAAUUUACAUGUGUUAGAUAAUCAAGUAAAACCUUCUUUUUUUGGUACCAGGGAUCGAACUCGGGACCUUGCACUUGUGAGGCAGGCACCAGAAUCACUGAGCUAAAUCCCUAGCCCUUCUUUUUAUAAAUCUUAAAAUGAUUAUAUCCCAGGCCUCAUUUGAUAUGAAAACAAAAAGUGCUAAAAUACCUCAAUAGUUUUACUGUAAAUAAAACCAACAUAACAUCUGGAUAUAAUAAAGUCAGUACAAUUUUGAAUAAAUAAAUAAAAGGAGAAAAUGAUAAACAUA